AUGAAGAUCCUCGAGGCCCAGAACGCCGUCCUGACCAACUACGAGGUCUACCAGUUCCUCCUCGAGCGCAAGAAUCGCAAGGAUGGCAACCGGAGCCGGCGGGGUCCCCCCAACUAUGAGACUCUCGUCAAGGAGGUUCUCGAGCACCUCGAGACGAACCCAAACCCUCUGAGUCAGCGCCCGCUCACCUACACCCCCGAAGCGAUCCCUCUUCUCAUCGAGAAGCUUCACCCUUAUGACCUGACGAAAGGCGAGAUGAUCAUGAUCAUCAAUCUCCGCCCGGGUUCCAUUCCUGCUCUCAACUGCAUCGUCGAAGAUAUGGUGGAGCGGCUGUAUGACCACCAGCAGGAAGAGGUACUGGGAAUCAUCAGCGAGACCCUCGGCGCCUUCCCAGCCCCGGAGGAGACUGCCGAGGGAGAUGAGGGCGCGGCGGAUGAAGAAGCUGCGUAG